AUGGACCGGUUAAAUACAUUAACAAUGACUGACUAUGGGAUCAAUCCAAACGGUAUUAAAUCGCUUGUAAUCGAUACAGUGAUACGCGGUAGAGGUCCCGACAGACUUAAGUACUUGGAUUUACAGGGCAGGUGGAAUUUAAAUGGCCAAAGCGUCAUGUGCAUUUCGUCUGCUUUUAAACACUUGGAGAGGUUGAACGAUGCAAAGGAAGCUUUUCGUAUAUUCACUGACGAACCGCUGAAUGCAAUUGGAAUGGUUGGCUGGAAACCAUCGGAACCUGUCCAAAAGGAAAAACCAAAGCCCUUACUAAUCAUUGAAGAACCAGUGAAAGUUGUUGAGAAAAAGGAAACAGUUGCUUCACCAAGAGAAUUGUUGCCACACCGAUCAGCUGGAUAUGGUUUAGCACAUCAAAAGCGUAAAUUAACUGUUCCGGAUAGGUCAAGAUCGGUAUCGCCAAACGUUGAACCGAACGUCGAGAGUAAAAAAGGUGAAAAAACUGGCGAUUUGGGUUAUGUAUCAGCAGAAGAACGAUAUGGUUCAAAAUCACCAUAUUCUGAACGACCACCGCAUAGAACUCAAGCACUUAGUCCCCAAAUUGAUUCUGGACAUCGAAAAUACGACAGCGAUUAUAGUCCAUACAGUAUUUUCAAUCGAGAUCGUCGUUAUGGAAACGAACUAACAGUAAGUGUAAAGGAAACUACACGGCAGUUGCCAUAUCGCUCGGCAGGCUACGGCGAUCAGCACGCUGCAACUCGACAAUACGAUAUAAGCCCCAAAUCAUUGCCAAGCGAUUAUUCCAGCGCCUCUGAACAAGGAUCUCCAUAUGCGAGAAAUACUGAUGAUGUUCUUGUAACGACGUAUCAUAUGACGAAAACGACCCGACGAGAGCAACAAACUCCGCUUCGCGCAACGAUCUAUUAA